AUGCGCACUCUCAAUCGCUCUCUCAUGCGCUCUCUCAUGCGCUCUCUCCCUCGCUCUCUUAUGCACUCUCUCGCGCUCUCUCUCAUGCGCACUCUCGCGCGCACUCUCACGCGCUCUCUCACGCGCACUUUCACGCAAACUCUUAAACGCACUCUCCCGAGAACUCUCACGCGCACUCUCUCUCUCACGAGCUUUCUCAUGCGCUCUCUCACGCGCACUCUCACGCGCACUCUCACGCGCUAUCUCACGCGAUCUCUCUCACGCUCUCUCUCACGCACUCUCACGAACAUUCUCUCUCUCACGCGCCCUCUCACGCACUCUCUCACGUGCUCUCUCUCACGCGCUCUCUCUCGCGCUCUCUCGCGCGCACUCUCACGCGCACUCUCACGCGCACUAUCACACGCACUCUCACGCGCAUCCCCAUGCGCAUUCUCACGCGCUCUCUCACGCGCUCUCGCACACUCUCUCUCGCGCACUCUCUUACGCACUCUCUCGCGCGCUCUCUCACGCGCACUCUCGCGCGCACUUUCACGCGCACUCUUACGCAAACUCUUAAACACACUCUCCCGAGAACUCUCACGCGCACUCUCUCUCUCUCUCUCUCGCUCUCUCUCUCUCUCUCUCUCUCUCUCUCUCUCUCUCUCUCUCUCUCUCUCUCACGAGCUCUCUCACGCGCUCUCUCACGCGCACUCUCACGCGCACACUCAUGCUCUCUCAUGCGCUCUGUCACGCGCUCUCUCAUACGCGCUCUCUCAUAAGCACCCUCACGCGCUCUCUCACACGCUCUCACACGCACUCUCUUGUGCACUCUCUCAUGCCCUCUCUCACGCACUCUCUCACGCGCUCUCUCAUGCGCACUCUCAGGCACUCUCUCACGCGCUCUCUCAUGCGCUCUCUCACGCGCUCUCUCACGCGCACUCUCACGGGCACACUCACGAGCAGUCUCACGAGCACUCUCACGCGCACUCUCACGCGCACUCCCACGCGCACUCUCACGCGCACUCUCAUGUGCACUCUCACAUGCUCUCUCACGCGCGCUCGCACGCGCUCUUAUACACUCUCUCACGCGCUCUCUCAUGCGCUCUCUCACACGCACUCUCACGGGCACUCUCACACGCUCUCUCACGCGCACUCUCACGCGCUCUCUCACGCGCUCCCUCUCGCGCUCUCUCACGCACUCUCACUCACAUUCUCUCUCUCACGCGCCCUCUCCUGCACUCUCUCACGUGCUCUCUCUCACGCGCUCUCUCACGCGCUUUCUCGCGCGCACUCUCAUGCGCGCGCACUCUCACACACACUCUCACGCGCACUCCCAUGCGCACUCUCACGCGCUCUCUCACGCGCUCUCGCACGCGCUCUCUCCCGCGCUCUCUUACGCACUCUCUCGCGCACUCUCUUACGCGCACUCUUGCGCGCACUCUCACGCGCUCCCUCACGCGCACUUUCACACAAACUCUUAAACGCACUCUCCCGAGAACUCUCACGCGCACUCCCUCUCUCACGAGCCUUCUCAUGCACUCUCUCACUCUCACUCGCACACUCACGCUCUCUCAUGCGCUCUGUCACGCGCUCCCUCAUACGCGCUCUCUCAUACGCACCCUCACGCGCUCUCUCACACGCUCUCACACGCACUCUCUCGAGCACUCUCUCAUGCCCUCUCUCAAGCACUCUCUCACGCACUCUCUCAUGCGCACUCUCACGCGCACUCUCACACGCUCUCUCAUGCGCACUCCAAGGCACACUCUCACGUGCUCUCUCUCGCGCACUUUAACACGCAUUUUCUCUCUCACGCGCUUUCUCACGCGCUCUCUCACACGCACUCUCACGCGUACUCUCACCCUCUCUCAUGCACUCUCUCAUACGCAACCUCACGUGUGCUCUCUCACAGUCUCUCUCAUGCACUCUCCCACGUGCUCCCUCGCGCGCUUCUCAUGUGCUUUCACGCGCUCUCUCACGCGCUCUCUCAUGCGCACACUCAAGCGCUCUCUUACGCGCUCUCUCACGCGCUCUCGUGCGCACUCUCACGCGCUCUCACACGCGCUCUCUCACGCGCUCCCUCACGCGCUCUCUCACGUUCUCUCUCACGCCCUCUCUCUCACGCGCUCUCUCACGCGCUCUCUCCCGCGCUCUCUCACGCGCUCUCUCACAUGCUCUCACGCGCACUCUUACGCGCUCUCUCACGUGCUCUCUCUCGUGCUCCCUCUCACGCUCUCUCACGCACUCUCUCAUACGCAACCUCACGCGCACUCUCUCACACUCUCUCUCAUGCACUCUCUCACGCGCUCCCUCACGCGCUCUCUCACGCGCUCUCACACGCUCUCUCACGCGCUCUCUCAUGCGCACACUCACGCGCUCUCUCACCCACCCCAUUCCCCGCUCCCCCAUACCCUGUUCCCCCAUUUCCCGCGAAUGCACAUUCCUUGCUCCUCCAUUCCCUGUCCCCUCGUUCCUUGCUCCCCCAUUCCCCGCUCCCCCAUUCCCUGUUCCCCCAUCCUCGCUCCCCCACUCCCUGUUCCCCCAUUCCCCGCUCCCCCAUUCCCUGUCCCCCCAUUCCCUGUUCCCCCCUUCUCUGUUCCCCCAUUCCCCGCUCCCCCAUUCCCUGUCCCCCCAUUCCCUGUUCCCCCCUUCUCUGCUCCCCCAUUCCCCGCUCCCCCAUCCCAUGUUCCCCCAUUCCUUGCUCCCCCAUUCCCUGUUCCCCCAUUCCACGCCCCCCCAUUCCCUGUUCCCCCAUUCCCCGCUCCCCCAUUCCCUGUUCCCCCAUUCCUUUGUCCCCCAUUACGCGCUCCCCCAUUCCCUAUUUCCCCAUUCCCCGCUCCCCCAUUCCCUAUUCCCUGUCCCGCCAUUCCCCGUUCCCCCCUUCUCUGCUCCCCCAUUCCCUUCUCCUCCAUUCCCUGUUCCCCCAUUCCCCGCUCCCCCAUUCCCUGUCCCCCGAUUCCUUGUCCCCCUAUUCCCUGUUCCCCCCUUCUCUGUCCCCCCAUUCCCUGCUCCCCCAUUCCCUGUUUCCCCAUUCCCUACUCCCCCAUUCCCUGUCCCCCAUUCCCUUGUCCCCCAUUCCCUAUCCCCUCAUUCCCUGCUAUCCCAUUCUCUGUCCCCUCAUUCCCUGCUCCACAAUUCCCUAUUCCCCCAUUCCUUGUCCCCCCAUUCCCCGCUCCCCCAUUCCCUGUUCCCCCAUUACCUGCUCCACCAUUUCCGGCUCCCCCAUUCCAGGUACCCAACUCAGCCACCUUCUUCGUGCCUCUCAACCACUCACUGCUGCCAUCUACUGCUCUCACUGUUGCCAUCUACUGCUCUCACUGCUGCCAUCUACACCUCUCACUGCUGCCAUCUACUGCUCUUACUGCUGCCAUCUUCUACUCUCACUACUGCCAUCUAUUUCCCUCAUUCCCUGUGCGCGAUCUGAGAGUGAGACUAUUGAGCCGUGCCUUUGGCAUGACGUGUUUGUGUAGUGUUUUCGUAGGGCGUAUCCAGUUCGUGUUGUUUCCCUCUAGGAAACGUUGA